CUCUUCCUGUGUGUUAUUUCACAAACAAAAAUUCAUGGAUGAUGUCUCAACUGUUUGAGGAAGAAUUGAUUUCCUGGAAUCAAAAACUGCAAGGUAAGUGUCAUAAGAUUCUACUCAUGCUGGAUUAUUGCCCCGCAUACCUAAAAAUAGAACACAAACUGAGUAACAUUAAACUUGUGUUUCUUUCACCAAACACUACAAUUGUGCUUCAGCCUAAGGACCGAGGUGUAAUUUGGAAUCUUAAAUGCCACUAUAGAAAGUUAAUUUUGAUACAAGUAAUACAGGGCUUUGAAAACAGAGGCCAGAAUAGAGUUUCUCUCCUGGAUGCUAUAAGAUGUUUAUCCAUAACAUGGAAUCAAUUUAUGCCGGAAACAAUUGGAAACUGCUUCCAUCACACAAAAUUUUUAGAUGCAGCUACAAGCUUGGACUCCAAAGAACCUGAAUGGUACGAUGAGAUCAAUACUGAAAUUAUCUCAAAUGCAGAGGGAGAUGCAACAAUAUAUUCAAACAAUGACAUUAUAACCAGUGCAACAAACUCUGAUGCUGAUAUCUUAGUGGAAGUGCAAGAGGAAGCUAGCAAUUAUGAUGAUAUGGAAAAUGGUUAUGAUAACUAUAAAGAGUUUGUAAAUUUGAAACCUGUUCCUAUGCUAAAUGAAACAAUUUCCACUUAAAAAAAAACUUGAUUCUUCAAACCUUCUUCCCAAACAGAAGACAUGAUAUUUGCUAUUCUUUUCCCAUCUCCAGAAUGAUUUAAAUAACAUGUAUUGAAAAAUGCCAAAGACUCAAAGCAAAAUUACUGACGUUUUUAAGCAUUAAAAGCAAUGAAUGUGUAAUGUAUAAUGUGUAGUGUAAUAAAGUAUAAGUGCAUUAAUGCAUACAGUUGUCAUACUGUAUUUUUACAUGCUUAGCUCAGAAACAUUAGAACCCAGCUAUAACUUAAGCCCAGUUAUAAUGACAUAAAUAAGAUGGUCCUUUGAAUGUCAUUAUAAUCAAGUUCAGCUAUAAUUAGAACUAGGACAUCACACGACUUUCAUGAUAUUCACAACAUUUAUUUCACAAUGCAGUAGAUUGAAAGCCAAUGUUAGACUUUUCAGUGUGUUUACAAUUUCAGUGUAUUGUAUCUCAUUACACAUUUGAUUUAAAUUAUCCAAGUAUAUAAGUUUUAUAUGUUUUGAUUGAGUACAUGUACUUUGGCUUAAGGGUAGUAGUGCUUCAAACUAUACAGAACCUUGAACUAUCAUGACUCUAUUGUGUAUGAUUUCUUAACUGUGUAUCUAAUUUUUAUUUUUGUAUUUCAAUGAUAAAGUUAGGUAGAUAAAGAAUUAAAAU